AUGUCUCAACGGCUUCCGUGUUGGACCGUCCAGUACAUCGCCCUGAUAUUUUCCAUAUUAAUUGCCCUAUCGCGAGCACUUAUUUGUUACGAGAACGACGAGCAGGGCCACAUUAAAGCAGUAGAAAAUAAGGAUUGGAAUUAUUGUAUGCUUGUACCGAAAACGCCAUUAAAUCCAGGAGGAGGAAGUUUGUCUGGUGUUGGUCCACUUGAAGACAACACUGGAUUGUACGACAGCACCUUUGAUGUGUCAAACCCCCUGUACAAAAUACUGUCUUUGUGCAUUCUAGAAGUACUUUUCAAUGUGGUAAAAAGUGAUGUAUUCAAUUUUUUUCUCCUCUUCUUUUUUCAGAGAUACGAUUUCACUUCAUUAUUGAAAAUACGAAAAUUCCAACCGGAAUUUAUGUUCAGAUGCGUCUGCAAUUAUGAUAAAUGCAACAGCGAAGCAAACUUUCAAAAUUAUCUACGUGCUAUAGUUAAAAACAACGAAUAG